AUGGUGACGCCGGCCGUGCUGCGGCUGGACACGGACGAGCAGGGGACACUGGUGACCAUGGUGACGCCGGCCGUGCUGCGGCUGGACACGGACGAGCUGCUGGUGCUGGAGGCCCCGGGGCUGACGGCGGCGGCCGAGGCCUCGGUGCUGGUGCAGGAUUUCCCCCAGAAGCGCCAGGUGCUGUUCCAGACCCGCGUGGCCCUGAGCCCGGCCGAGGGCAUGAUGGCCACGGCCACCAUCAAGGUGCCGGCCAAGUCGCUGCCGCCGGCGCAGGGGAAGCCGUUUGUGACGGUGACGGCGCGGGUGGGCGCGGUGACGCUGGAGAAGGUGCUGCUGGUGUCGCUGCAGAGCGGCCACAUCUUCGUACAGACCGACAAACCCAUCUACACCCCCGGGGCCACCGUCCUCUGCCGCCUCUUCACCGUGGGCCACCUCAUGCAGCCGGUGUCCAAGACGGUCAUCGUGGAGGUCAAGACGCCCGACAACGUCAUCAUCAAACAAGUCCCGGUGUCGUCCCCGAGCAAGAACGGCAUCCUGUCCCUCAACCACAACCUGCCCGAGGUGGUCAGCCUGGGCAUGUGGACCGUUUCGGCCAAGUUCGAGGAUUCUCCGGAUCAGGUUUUCAGCGCCCAGUUCGAGGUCAAGGAAUAUGUGCUGCCGAGCUUUGAGGUGGCCCUGGAGCCCGAGGAGAAGUUCCUGUACAUCGACCGCCAGGAGGAUUUCCGGGUGUCCAUCCUGGCCAGGUACCUGUACGGGAAGCGCCUCGAGGGCACGGCCUUCGUCCUCUUCGGGGUCAUGGUGGACGACGAGAAGAAAAGCAUCCCGCAGUCGCUGCGGCGCGUGGCCGUGCAGGACGGUGACGCCGAGGCCGUGCUCUCCAUGGCGCACCUGCGUGAGCGCUUCCCCAACCCCCAGGAGCUGGUGGGACACUCCCUCUACGUCACUGUCACCGUCAUCACCGAGUCAGGCAGUGACAUGGUGGAGGCACAGCGCGGUGGCAUCCAGAUCGUGACGUCACCCUACACCAUCCACUUCACCCACACCCCCAAGUACUUCAAGCCGGGGAUGCCCUUUGACCUCACGGUUUAUGUCACCAACCCCGACCAGUCCCCGGCCCCGCGUGUCACCGUCCAGGCCGAUGGCUUCCAGGGCCAGGUGUCCACGCAGCGCGACGGCACGGCCAGGCUGGUCCUCAACAUGCCGGCCAACAAGGACAGCGUCCCCAUCACCGUGCGGACGGCGCAGGACGGGCUGCCCCCGGAGCGCCAGGCCUCGCGGCAGAUGACGGCCCAGGCCUAUCGCAGCCAGGCGGGCUCCGGAAACUUCCUGCACCUGGCGGUGGCGGCCACCGAGCUGCAGCCCGGGGACAACGUGGCCGUGAACUUCCACCUCAAGACCAACGACAACAAAGUCCGCAACUCCGUGCCCUACUUCACCUACCUGGUCAUGAGCAAGGGCCGCAUCCUCCGCGCCGGCCGGCAGCGGCACGAGCCCGGCCAGAGCCUGGUGACCGUCACGCUGCCCGUGACGCCCGAGCUCAUCCCCUCCUUCCGCGUCGUGGCCUACUACUUCGUGCCGCCCGGCGAGAUCGUGGCCGACUCCGUCUGGGUGGACGUCAAGGACACCUGCAUGGGCACGCUGGUGGUGAAGGGGGCGACGGAAGGUGACAACCGCGUCCACGAGCCGGGGACGCCGAUGAGGCUGCGCAUCGAGGGCGACCACAAGUCCCACGUGGGGCUGGUGGCCGUGGACAAGGGCGUCUUCGUCCUCAGCAAGAAGAACAGGCUCACCCAGAGCAGGGUUUGGGACACGGUGGAGAGAGGUGACAUCGGCUGCACGCCGGGCAGUGGCAGGGACAACGUCGGGGUCUUCGCGGACGCUGGCCUGAGCCUGGCCACCAAUGUCCAGGUGUCCACCCCGCAGCGGUCAGAGGUCCUGUGUCCCCAGCCUGCCAAACGCAAGCGCCGCUCGCUGGCACUCGCCGAGUACAAGGGCACCAAGGCGGCCGAGUACUCGGACAAGCUGGAGCGGAAGUGCUGCGAGGACGGGAUGAAGGACAACCCGAUGGGACACAGCUGCCAGAAGAGGACCGAGUACAUCCAGGAGGGCGAGUCCUGCGUCCGCGCCUUCCUCGACUGCUGCACGUACAUCAAGGCCAAGCGGGACCAGCAGAACAUGUCGCCCAGCACCGGGCUGGCCAGAAGCCAGGAGGAGGACGAUCUCUUCUCGCCGGACUCGGACAUCGUCUCCAGGAGCCUCUUCCCCGAGAGCUGGAUGUGGCAGGUGGAGCAGCUGACGGAGCCACCCAACGAGCUGGGGGUGUCGGCCAAGACGCUGCCCGUGUACCUGAAGGACUCCAUCACCACCUGGGAGGUCCUGGCCGUCAGCCUCUCGCCCUCCAAAGGGCUGUGCGUGGCCGACCCCUACGAGAUCACGGUGAUGAAGGACUUCUUCAUCGACCUGCGCCUGCCCUACUCGGUGGUGAGGAACGAGCAGGUGGAGAUCCGCGCCAUCCUCUACAACUACUGGCUGCGCGACAUCACGGUGCGCGUGGAGCUGGUCCACAACCCGGACCUGUGCAGCCCGUCCACGGCCAGGCAGCGCUACCAGCAGGUGCUGCGCAUGAAGGCCGAGUCCUCGCGCACCGUGUCCUUCGUCAUCGUCCCCCUCAAGCUGGGGCUGCUGGACGUCGAGGUCAAGGCCGCCGUCCGCAACCAGUACGUGGGCGACGGCGUCAAGAAGAAGCUGCGAGUGGUGCACGUGACAAUGAUGGACCUGGUGACCCUGAUGGACAGGAAGCUGGACAGUGAUGGACAUCAGGCCGGACAGCAGCCAGGCAGAAAGGGACCUGGUGGCACUGAUGGACAUCAGGUGGCACUAGUGGACCUGGUGGCACUGGUGGACAUCAGGUGA